AGACAUUUUUUUUUACACUCGAGCAUGUGUUAGCUCAGGUUCAGACUUUUCGCCUUGAUUUUUUUUUUACCUUUUUCGUAUUUGUUCAGACCUUUGUAUGACCUUUGAUUUUGUCGGCUCAAUUAUAUACAUGAGAAUCAAACCUUAAUCCCGAGUUGUUUUUCUUAAAAAUUAAAAAAUAAAAACUUGUGCAGUUUUAUUUCAGACUGCACUAUCAGUCCCAACUCAUAGUACUCGAUCUGCAUCGAGACACUCAUCUUAUUAGGGAUCUGAAUCCAUCUACAAUCUCAUGGCUCCAGCCGCUCCGAAAUCCGGGGAUGCGAUUUUCGCCAGCAUUGAUCGCGUGAACGCGGAGCUGUUUACCCUCACAUAUGGGGCUAUCGUGCGCCAGCUGCUAACCGAUCUGGAGGAGGUGGAGGAAGUCAAUAAGCAGCUCGAUCAAAUGGGAUACAAUAUUGGGGUCCGGCUAGUUGACGAGUUCCUAGCAAAAUCUAAUGUGUCGAGGUGUGUUGACUUCAGGGAAACGGCUGAAGUAAUUGCAAAGGUUGGUUUCAAGAUGUUCUUAGGGGUCACAGCAUCUGUAACUAACUGGGACUCAGAAGGGACAACUUGCAGUCUAAUUUUGGAGGAUAAUCCUUUGGUGGAUUUUGUUGAGCUUCCUGAUACCUGUCAAGGUCUUCACUAUUGCAAUAUAUUGAGCGGUGUUGUCAGAGGAGCUCUUGAGAUGGUGUCGAUGAAAACUGAGGUCACAUGGAUGCGUGACAUGCUUAGAGGGGAUGAUGUAUUCGAGUUGCAGGUCAAACUUCUCAAACAAGUCCCUGAGGAGUAUCCAUAUAAAGAUGAUGAGUAACUUGCUUUCUUUGCUCACAAGUACCUAUAAUCUGGAUACCAUGAAAAGACAAGUAAGAAGGGAAGAUGGUGGGGAUGUAUCUCGACCUCUUAUCAGCAAUGGGUCUAAUUAUGUCUGGAUAAUUUCAAAUAUUGAUAAUUCUGAAAUCAGUCUGCAUGGACCCUUCGAAUUGAAUCUGUGAUGUAGCUUUUUAAAGUUAUUAUCUGUUGUUCGACCAACAUUUUCUUGAUCAAAUUAUGUAGAAUAGGAAAUCAAGGUAGUGAAAGUUUCAGAAUAUGUUCUUUGACUUGUAUAUUGGAUGCUGAAUAGAAGUCGUGAGCUAGUGGUAUCAGAAAUUGUUCUUUGACUUGUGUAUUGAAUACUAAAUAGAAGUCGUGAGCUUGUGGUGUUAUAAGUUUUAGUGUUGGCAC